CUUUGCAGUGUCCGUACUGUCUGUCACUUCCUCUGAGCGCGCUACUGCUGGGGAGGUGUGAGAGACGCGGACCCAGACAGCUCUCCUCCCCGGCCGCCAGCCAGCAGCUGCUGUCCCCGUCAGGCGGAGCUGGGGCAGAGCGGAGAGACCGGCAGCGGCCUGUGCCAUCCCCGGGCUGUCCUGAGAGAGGAAGCCGCCUGCAGUGAGCCCCGGAGAGGAUGUGCGCGCUGCGCUAGGUCCCGUGUGUGAGCGGCUCUCUCUCCGUGUCAGUGUCCGGGAGGGAAGGGGGGAAUCCCCGGCCUCUGUCCCCAGCCCCCCCGCGGGGGAUCGCACCAUGUCCAAGAUGCCGGCCAAGAAGAAGAGCUGCUUCCAGAUCACCAGCGUCACCACGGCCCAGGCCGCCAGCAGCCUGACGGAGGACACGGAGAGCCUGGAGGACCCGGACGAGUCGCGGACGGAGGAUGUGUCCUCGGAGAUCUUCGACGUGUCCCGGGCCACGGACUACGGGGGGCCUGAGGACGUGGUGGAGCGGAGCUCGUCCGAGGAGACCCUGAACAACGUGGGGGAGGCCGGCACCCCCGGCACCAUGUCCCCCAACCUGUCCCAGGAGCCGGGCCCCGUGACGGGAGCCAGGGGCAGCCUGCCCAGCACCCCCGGGGGCGGCCAUGCCCACAUCGGCCAUGUGCUGCCCGCCGCACUCCCCGCGGGGGCCUCGGCCAACUCUCCGUCCACGGCCAGCGGUACGGCCACCUGCAGCUCCCGCUUCAGGGUGAUCAAGCUGGACCACGGCUCCGGGGAGCCCUACCGCAGGGGGCGGUGGACCUGCACGGACUACUACGACAGGGACUCGGACAGCGCCAUCCUCUCCAGGGCUGGGGACUCCAUCCGGCACGGCAGCACCUUCGAGCACCCGGCUGCUGACAGGGACAGUGGGCUGGGGGCCACGGGGGGCUCGGUGGUGGCCUCUGCCCUGCUCAUAGGUCACGGUCCCGAGUCCCUGGCUGACAGCUCGCUUACUGCUGUGUCACAGCUACUGCACACCGACAAGAUGAACCAGCCCUCCCCGCAGCAGCAUUUCAUCAUUGGGCAGCAAAGCAUAGGCGGAACAGUGUCUCAGGGGGGUGCUCAGCCCAUGUAUCCUUCGCCUGCUGCACUCACCAGUCAACACAUGUUGGGCCAGCAGACCCCAUCCCAUGGAACUGCACCCAGCAUUGGACAUAAUGGGAAAGGCACAGCAGCUCAGAAUGUAACCCUUGUCCACCCCCCAGUGUCUAAUACACAACAGCAGACUAGUGCUUCUGUGGGUCAGGCACAAGGCCCUUUUGCUUACCCCCAGGCCCAAGUCCAAUCUGGACUUAUGUCCACCCAGGCCUCUGGCCAGACAGAGUAUGUGCAACAUAUAACAGUUAUACAAUCACAAGGAACAACUCAAAAAGCCACCACGACCUCGGUUACUACAAGUACUGGGGCUCCAUCUAGUCUUCCAGGACAGCAGCAGCACCUUCAAGCAGGUGGAGCACAACUUAUGGGUCUUCUUUCCAAACCCAGUGACUCACUCAGCCAAGGGUUAGGGCUCCUACAAAGUGGACAAACCCCACCGAGCCAUCCUGUCCAUAUACAGCAACAAGGAGGUGUGGCACAGUCAAAUAUGGCAUCCUUUGGAGUCAUGCAACAGAAAACUAUAACUCCACAAGUGAGUGGCGUUAGUCAUGUUUCAGGUAUUCCAGGUGGACACGGUGUCUUGCCCUCUGGAAUGCAGAAUGUGUCUGUGGCGGCACCUGGUACAGGUGUCAGUAGUGUACCCAGUGUGUCUGCCACUCCCGUUACUAUGCCAAUUGCUCCAACUACUUUUGUACAGUCUCAGAUAAGCAGCCAUACGUCUGUCAGGAGUAAUAGCCUAGUCACAGCUGUUGGUCUUCCAACAAUGCAAGGCACAGCAAAUGUGCACAAUAGUCUGCCACAGUCGAACAUUAAUCCAUUUCAGUCACAGCCAUUGACUGGUCAAAUUGAUGAUAGAAGAAAAUCGGAACCCCUACCUCAGCCGCCAAUAUCCCUAAUUUCUGAGAAGUCUUUUGUGAAGGUUCCUAUCACAGACAGUCUAACAAACCCACUCCAUUUACCUGUAUUUGGAUUACCUAUUCCGGUUGAUGGUGAUGAUGACAGGAAUCCUUUAUCUGCUUUCUAUGAAGCAUUUCAUCUGAAGGUUCGUGGCUCAAAGAAACUGUGUGAUAGUUCAUCAAGUGCAAAUGUUGUAGCAAUCGACAACAAAAUAGAACAGGCAAUGGACCUGGUAAAAAGCCAUCUGAUGUAUGCUGUAAGAGAAGAGGUGGAAGUCCUGAAGGAACAAAUAAAGGAAUUAAUUGAGAAGAACUCUACACUUGAACGUGAAAAUGCACUGUUAAAAUCCCUUUCCAACAGCGAUCAGCUGUCUCAAAUCUCCACCCAGGCGGGUCUUAGCAACUGCCAGCAACAGCCUCCAGUGACUACAGCUUCUCUUGCCGCUUCGCAGACAGCACACCCCACGCAGCAUCCGAAUGUCUCCUCUGCAUAAACAAUACAAAACAAAACUUUCUUGCUUCAUUCAGCGGACUGAGAGCAACCUGUUGUGUGCCACUGCUGUUCUUUCCACUUUAAGAAAAACAAAAGGAUAAGAAAAAAAAAAACCUUAAAAAAAAAAAAAAAAUGAAA